CACAAAUUAAUACAAUAAAAAAUGGCUCCAAAGGUUGCAAUCAUCAUCUACUCUAUGUACGGACACAUCUCCAUCAUGGCCGAAGCGGUCAAGAAGGGUGUUGAAUCCGCUGGCGGUGUUGCCGACAUCUUCCAAGUUCCAGAAACUCUUUCUACUGAUGUUUUGGAAAAGAUGCACGCUGCUCCAAAGCCAGAUUACCCAAUUGCCUCCACUGAAACUUUGGUUGAAUACGAUGCCUUUUUGUUUGGUAUCCCAACCCGUUUCGGUAACUUCCCAGCUCAAUUCAAGGCCUUCUGGGAUGCCACCGGUGGUUUGUGGGCCAAGGGUGCUCUCUAUGGUAAGGCUGCUGGUGUUUUCGUUUCCACCGGUACCCCAGGUGGUGGUCAAGAAACCACUGUUGUCAACUCCUUGUCUGUUCUUAUCCAUCACGGUAUCAUCUUUGUUCCAUUGGGUUACAAGCCAGUUUUCGCCCAAUUGACCACUUUUGAUGAAGUCCAUGGUGGUUCUCCAUAUGGUGCUGGUACCUUUGCUGGAGCUGAUGGUUCCAGACAACCAUCCAGUUUGGAAUUGGAAGUUGCUGAAAUCCAAGGUAAGACCUUUUACGAAACCGUCAACAAGUUGUAAUAAUUUAUAUAGAAUUCAUG